AUAAAAUAUAGAGAGGGCAGGGGAUUCCGUGUUGUGUGUGGGAAACAGGAGAGAGGGAGAGAGAGAGAGAGAGAGAAAAGCUCAAGCAGUGGAUCUUUCUCACGCACGAGCACGACAACAAAAUUUGGUGGUUUUGCUUUUGCUUGCAAACAUUCGUUCGCCUCUCUCUAAACAAAUAUCCUAUCUUUUGUUGUUUUGAUUUACUUGGAAUCAAGAUUGACACCCGCCCCCGCCCUUUUUGUUCUUUCUCUGUAAUUCAACACUCUUGGAUCCUACGCACGUGUAUGUGAAAACAAUUCAACCCCUAAAAAGUGAGUUUCCUUUUGGGGUGGCAUAUGAAAGAAUAUAGGUGAAUGGGUUCCACGACAAAAUCAAAACGGAAAAUAAUUUCCCGGGAUAGAGCCAUGUCGAUCUCGGGACUUCAAAUAAGGCAUCAACAAGAAUUAGAAAAGUUGACUCUGACCUCACAGCCUCUCAAGACACUAAAGCUUUUCUGUCUGGCUGUUAGACUGUAUCUCCGACAAUCAGCAGCCUAUCUUUUGUCACAUGGCGGUUGGUUGAUGUUGUUGAGUACUAUUGUCGUGAUCUGUGGCGUACUACUUGUGACUGUCGAUGGUCCUCACGAGAAGCAUGUUGAGGAAGUUCAACAAUAUAUCCAAUUUGCAUUGUGGUGGGUGGCUCUUGGUGUUGCAUCUUCCAUUGGACUUGGAUCUGGAUUGCAUACUUUUGUUCUCUAUCUGGGACCCCAUAUUGCCUUGUUCACUAUAAAAGCAAUACAAUGUGGUCGAGCAGACAUCAAAACUGCUCCAUAUGAUACAAUACAAUUGAAAAGAGGUCCGUCAUGGCUUGGAAAGGAUUGCGCUGACUUUGGACUGCCAUUGUUUCAAACAUCACAUGGUGAACGGGUUCCCCUUAGUAGCAUAUUGCCCCAGGUCCAGUUAGAGGCAAUUCUAUGGGGCCUUGGAACUGCACUUGGUGAACUGCCCCCCUACUUCAUUUCAAGGGCAGCUCGCCUGUCAGGCGGUACAGUGGAUACCAUGGAACUAGAUGCUUCCUCAGACGAUGAUGGGUUUAUAUCAGCUCGUCUCAAUCAAAUCAAGCGGUGGUUUCUGUUGCAUGCCCAACAUUUGAAUUUCUUCACGAUUUUAGUUCUCGCUUCGGUACCUAAUCCUUUAUUUGAUCUUGCGGGAAUAAUGUGUGGACAAUUUGGAAUUCCUUUCUGGAAUUUUUUUUUGGCAACGGCGAUAGGCAAAGCAAUCAUCAAGACACACAUACAGACUGUAUUUAUCAUCUGUGUGUGCAACAACCAACUUCUUGAUUGGAUGGAAAAUGAACUGCUUUUGGUGAUGGGCUUUGCACCCGGUUUCAAUUCUAUCAUACCCAACCUCGUUUCCAAGCUUCAGUCGAUGAAAGACAAGUACUUGGCCACCAAACCUCAUGUUCCUUCCAAUAUCGAGGUGUCAAAAUGGGAUUUCUCCCUUGCUUCCAUUUGGAAUACCGUUAUUUGGAUCAUGCUAAUGAACUUUUCUGUUAAGAUUGUCAACUCAACUGCACAACAGUAUCUAAAGAAACAGCAAGAUAGGGAAAUUGCUGCAUUGAAGAACAAGUCAUCGCAGCAUUCUGAUGAGGCUGAUAAUUCAUCUGGAUGAACUUUUAUAUACAAUUUUUUGUCCUAUUUUUAAUUAGUUCAGGUUAUAA